AUGGGAAAUAGCGAGCAUUCAUAUAUAAGCGGAAGAGAAUCUCUCUACACUGAUUCGACAUGUGUAUCUCCACAUCCAGUUUUUCUUGAUUUUUCUUUAGAGCCUCAACAAUUCAUAUCAGGCCCAAUUCCAAAACCACAAGUUAUAAGCCUGCUUAAUAGCACAAAAAGCUAUGCUUCUCUUAUAAUUUCUGAUCUUAGAGACGAUUUUUUGCAAACUACAACUGAAUUUUUAUCAAAGCAUAGGAGAAAUUCUAUAGAAGAGCUUCCCAUAAGGCUUCUCACUCCCCCCCUUUAAAUUGGAACAAAAUAUAGGUAAAAUUUCCACUUUUUUGGUAAAUUAAGCCCCCUUUAAAUUGGAACAAAAUAUAAUUUUAUAUUAAAAAAUUGUAUAUAUAAAAAUCAUAAUUUUUAUGUAAAAGGUUUUGAUAUAAGUUAAAUUUUCUUCUUAACUAAAAUUAAAAAUUUAGUUAUAUCUUGCUCUUGUUUAAAGAAUAGAGUAUAUAAAAACAUCUUAUUUAAAUAAAUUUAUUAUCUAUAAUUGCUAAACUUUUUAAAAAAAAUUAAAAUUUUUAUUUUUUUUCGAUAAAAAUGAUAUUUUUUAUUUCAAUAAUUUUGAUAGAAAAUUCAAUGCGAAUUCUUUACAAAAAAAUGAAAAUUUACUUAUCUCUUGCUAGAAUAGAGUAUAAAUAACAUCUUAUUUAAACAAAAAUUAGCAUUUUGAUCGAUAAAUUUUCGAAAAAUAUUGUUUUAUUUUUUUUUAUCAAUAAAAAUAAUAAUUUUUGUGUAAAUAGUUUUGAUACCAAUUAAUAGUGGCGUGUUAACUAAUAAUGAAAAUUUAGUUAUAUCUUGCUUUGCUUUAAAGGAUAAAGAGUAAAUAGGAUUUUAUUAGACAAAUUUAUUAAUCUAAUUCGAUAAAUUUUUGAAAUUUUUUGUUUUUAAAUUUUUAUUUAAUUUUUUUUCUUUUUAAAAAAUUUUAUAUUGAUUUUUUUCAUAAAAACAUUUUCUUAACCCUUUAAAUUGAAUAAAAUUUUUUGUUCCAAUUUAAAGGGGGGGGAGUCAGAGAAAUUAGCAAGGGCUUCCUUGAAAAUUUUCAAAAAAGACAGCAAGCCAUUGGAGAAAGUUUUCAAUUCAUAUUAGCCCAUCAAAGAAUAAGUGACGAAAUCCUUACAAAUUCAAUCCGAAAUCUUCAAGAAGACCAAGAUAUCAAGGUUAUUCUUGAUAAUAUGAAUAAUUUUGAGCCUUCAUCAGACAGAGAUAUCAGUCCUGAAGAACUCUUAUCCAUAAUGAGAUUCAAGGCACAAAGAAUGGAGAUUUUAAUAGAAAAAUUCAACUUUCUAAACAAAAAUGAGAGAUUAAUUGUCGUGUCAUUAGCUAUUGACUUUGCUGUAAAUAAAAAGUUCGGGUUAAGUGAAAAUGAAAUAAAUUAUGCAAUUUUGCAUUGCAUCAUUCCGAGUCAUGGUACAUUAUUUGAAGAGUUUCAAAAAGUCAACAAAAAAAUUAAUAGCCUUUGCAGAUUAUAA